AUGCACUGCAGCGUCCCAGAGUAUUGCAGGCCCGCCGUGUUCCACAAGGGUGAGCAGGUGGCCCUCCCCGAGCCCGCUGGCUUGCCCGCUCGGGGCGGCGCCGGCGCGACGACGGCCGCGCUCCGAGGAGCGAGACGAGCGGCCAGCGCUUCCGAGCCCUGGCGUCCGCUGGCGGCCGCCACGACGGACGACUUCGAGAAGGACAGCAUGCUGUCCGACACGACGCUGCUAGCGGGGCUGCAGGCCAGCGGGGACUCCCGCCACUGUAAGACGGAGCAGGGCGCCCGAUCACACAGGACCUGGAGCAGGCUCCUGGGGCUCCGGAGGGGCCCGGGCGGCUGA